ACAUUGCCAUGGCUUCUGGGCAUGCCCGGUUUUCCAAGCUGGCGGGGGUGUCGCAGGGGCGGAAGCCUGGACUUGUCAGGCCCUGGGAAUGCGAGUCCCUGCAACCCCCAACCCCCAGUCUCAGCCUGGGUCGUGGCUGUGUCCACAGGCUGAACAGCAGGGACCAGAGCAGAGGCUGCGCGCUGGGCUGGGCACCCAGAGUGGCAGCCCUGCCCGCUCCUCCUCCUCUUCCGUGGCCCGUCUGCACUGGCUCCCCUCCUCCCCUCGUCUCUGCCCCCGUCCCCAGGCGCCACCACCACGGUCCCCAACCCGCCCAGUCCGCGGUCCCGGGUGUCAAAAGGCCGCGGGAGCCGGAGCGCCGCAGAGCCAGGGAGCAUGACCGGGAGCGCGCAGCGGGGCGGGGGCCGGGGCGGCACGGGCUGGGGGCUGCGCGGGGCCCUGGCGGCAGUGGCCCUACUCUCGGCGCUCAACGCCGCGGGCACCGUGUUCGCGCUGUGCCAGUGGCGCGGACUGAGCGCGGCGCUGCGGGCGCUGGAGGCGCAGAGGGGCCGCGAGCAGCGGGAGGACAGCGCCCUGCGCGCUUUCCUGGCCGAGCUGAGCCGCGCACCCGAACCCCGGCCCGCAGGCCACCGCGCCCGAGACCCCGCCCCGGAGCCCGCGGCCGCAGCGCGCAACAGGCGCAGCCACGCCGGCGAGCCAGCGCCGCACGUCCGAGCCGAAAGCCACGACAUGCUGAUGAUGAUGACCUACUCCAUGGUGCCGAUCCGGGUGAUGGUGGACCUUUGCAACAACACCAAGGGCAUCUGCCUGACAGGACCACGUGGCCCACCAGGACUUCCGGGAGUUGAUGGCUUGCCAGGGCACAAUGGAUCAGAUGGACUGCCUGGUCCCCCAGGUCCCAAAGGCGACAAAGGAGCAAAUGGAAAAAGAGGAAAAAUGGGGCCACCUGGAGCCACAGGAAGUCCAGGGGAAAAGGGAGACCCUGGUGAACUGGGACUGACCGGAAAUGAAGGUCCCUCAGGACAGAAGGGUGAAAAGGGGGACAAAGGGGACGUGUCCAACGAUGUGCUCCCAGCAGGUGCCAAAGGUGACCAAGGCCCACCUGGCCCACCUGGGCCCCCAGGCCCUCCAGGUCCCCCUGGCCCCCCUGGAAACAGAAGAUCAAAAGGCCCUCGGCAGCAGAACAUGUUCAACGGCCAGUGCUCAGGCGAGACAUGUGCUGCCCCCAACGAUGAUACUCUGACUGGGAAAGUGGAUGAGAAAGCCGGUGAACGCCUCUCCCUGCAAGCAGAGUCCAUGAUCGCCGCCAUUGGAAACCCCAUGCACUUACUCAAAGUCUCAGAGACCUUCGGGACGUGGAUCCGUGAGUCUGCCAACAGGAGCGAUGAACGCAUCUGGGUGACAGAGCAUUUCUCAGGCAUCCAGGUGAAGGAAUUCAGAGACCAGCCCUCACUGCUGAAUGGCACCUACUCGCUCAUCCACCUCCCCUAUUACUUCCACGGCUGCGGGCACGCCGUCCACAACGGCUCUCUCUACUACCACAAGGGAGGCUCCAACACCAUCGUCAGAUUCGAAUUCGGCAAGGAGACAUCCCAAACACUGAAGCUUACAAAUGCCUUGUAUUUUGACCGGAAAUACCUCUUUGCAAACUCCAAGACUUACUUCAAUUUAGCUGUGGAUGAGAAGGGGCUCUGGAUCAUCUACGCAUCCAGCGUGGAUGGCUCCAGCGUUCUCGUGGCCCAGCUGGACGAGAGGACCUUCUCUGUGGUGCAGCAUAUCAACACCACGUACCCCAAAUCCAAGGCCGGCAAUGCCUUCAUAGCCCGGGGGAUCCUCUAUGUCACUGACACCAAAGAUAUGCGGAUAACCUUUGCCUUUGAUUUGUUGGCAGGGACACAGAUCAAUGCAAGCUUCGAUUUGAGAACUUCCCAGUCUGUUCUUGCCAUGUUAUCCUACAAUAUGAGGGACCAGCAUUUGUAUUCCUGGGAAGAUGGUCAUUUAAUGCUUUACCCCGUGCACUUCUUGUCACCUACAUUAGAGCAGUGAUGGCAAGUAUUCUCUCCCCCUCAGUUUCAUCCUAUGUUGUCUGUGACCAUUUCUAGCAACAGAAAAUUCAUCUUUAAGGAUAGUCAGACAAGGAGUUGUAAACACUCACAAGUGUUUGUAUGGCUGGGGAAGCUUCAUCACUCUCAGGGUCUUUGGCAGUAAAGGGCAGGCUGGAAGUUGAAUGACUGAGAUUAGAUGAUCCCUCCAAAAAUAGCUAAGCUGGUCACCUUUCCCUCUCAAGUUUCUUCCCCCCUAUGCCCCCCAGCCGCCAUUUCUUUUGGAAAUGGCAGCUGAGGUGACCAGCAAGAUUCCCUCCACCUCUAAGGAAGUCUGUGAUUCUGUGCUGUUGUUAUAGUUACAACUUCUAUCUAUAGGAGGGUGUUUUAUCUGCUUGUUCACCAUGUGUUGAGCAAAUCUACCUUUGAGUUGAUAAGCCGGCUUGCUAGAGCAAUGACUUCCUUAGCCCUGACUCCCGUGUGGAGCCUCAGGAAGCUGCGCAGACAUUGUGAGGCUGUGCACGUCCCCUGUUACCAGAGGUUUAUACCCUUUCUCUGCACCUGUGCCUCCAUUCCAGCACCAGAAGGGCCAUCACCCUCAGCCCCUGAUUGUCACACCAGGACUAGCAAAAAAGCCUGCAUGCUCAGGGUCCCUUGAGCAUGUUCUCUCCCUCCAGGUCCCUAUCAUUUUCUGACCAAACUGCUCUGCAGCUGUGGGUGAGCUACAUUGAGUCCUUGAGCCUCGGCUGCUGGGCCACAUAUCUGCCUCUCCUCCCAGAGCACCCAGUUCUGCACAGAGAAGCAGGCGUGUGGCUGGCUGCAACCCAGGGUUUUCAGCAGAAAAACACAUCACAGACAUUUGUGAAGCCAGCCCACUACCUGUCAUUGUACACAACAUUUUAUGAGAACAGAUUCAUAAUAUCACCCAUGGCUGCUUGUGUCUGCAGUGGCAGGGUUUCGUGCCUGUCAGGGAGCUGAGUAGUCCCCGCCCCCCCAAGCCUAGGACAUUCCCAAUCUCACUCCUUAAACAAGUAUGUGAGCCCCUGAACUGGAAUAUACAGUGAGUCUGCUUCUGAGGGCUUCUUUGAAAGAGCCUGCUGGUUAUGCUUUUGGUUCAUUCCAGACUGAGAGGGGGUGCUUUCUCUGGCUGAUAUUUCUGAUAGAGAAGGAGGGUGAGGGCACCAGAAAGUUUAGUGGCUUCCCAAAACAAAACAAAACAAAACAUCAAACUCUCCCCCCCCCCCCCCCGCCCCACCAUAGUUUUAGAGAGUUUGAUCUACCUUGCCGGAUAUAGAUUAUGAUAGGGAAGAGUAUCUGAAACUUUUAAACUAGGCCUAAAUCCGUCCACAGUGGUCCUGUUCCUGCUUCUAUGCCUUAUUAACAGAAGCAUUUACAAUGUUUUAAUCUCCUCACACUCCCCCUACAGACACACACACACACACAAAUACAUAGGCAGCUGUUAGGGACUUUUCUAUUUUGUGUUCUCCAAAUAAAGGGUGUGUGAACCUUACCCUACAGGCGCACUUUUUAAAUUAGAUUUACUAUGUGGUGUCAUUGGAGCUUUUUAAAAAUGCUCUUUUCAGAGUCAUGCUUUUAACAAAGUAAAAUAGUGCUUCACGCUCAAGAUCAAUAUGUCUAAUGGUUUUUAGACUUGUAAAAAAAUUCAUCUAGGUUUCACUAUUGCAGACACACGGAACUGGAGAGGAGUUUCAUGUAAUAGUCAUUGAUAUUUUAGUAACUGUGGUAGUAAUAUAUAUGGUAGUAAUAUAUAUGAUCCUAAUUGUAAAUAUGGCAGCAACCAAGAGAGUGGUUGCUGGAUCAUCUCUAAUCCCAUUUAGAGACGAGCUUUCAGAACCCCCACUCUUGAUAUCUGAUCUACUUUGGCUUUCUUAGUUGUGGUUAAGGAAUCAGAUGCUCACCACUAGAACAGUUGUUAAUACUGGGAUUUUUUUUUUCUUUACUGUGACAGCAUAAUAGAAGGAUCACUGAGUUAGAUUAAGAUUUAGUGGGUAACUUUAUAAUGUCUUGACUAGUAAAAAAAAAUUUGAUUUUACGUCUUUCCUGCACACAGCACUUGCUUUAAAAAAGAGAGAGGUUUGGGGCCAGUCAGUGGCACACCUGCUUAAGUGCUCACAUUACAGUGUGCAAGGGCGCAGGUUCAAACCCUGGGUCCCCACCUGCAGGGGGAAAGCUUCAUGAGUGGUGAAGCAGGGCUGCAGGUGUCUCUCUGUCUCUCUAUCACCCCCUCCUUCCCUCUUGAUUUCUGGCUGUCUCUAUCCAAUAAUAAAUAAAUAAAUAUAUUUUAAAAGAGAGAGGUUUGUGCUCACAAUACAGCCAUGCACAGCCCAAUGUUAUACUAAGUCAAGAUACUGUUCCUAGAAGUUUGCGUUGUUUUGUUUUUCUCUUUUUGUAACCAAAGUUGCUUUAACAGUACUUUGCUAAUAGCAGCAUUGCUGACGUAAGAAUCAAACCAGAUAAUGCUUUAAUUUUUCUUUAUCUCAAGGAGAUAGCUUCUUCUCCCCCUUCCCCAAAAGUAAAUAAAAACCAUCCCUUCUGCCCUCAGAGGUCAGCUGGGCCUUAUUUCAAAGCAUUUUCUCACAACUGAUAGCGAGUAAGCUGUCCUGCUGCUCAGACUCUGCAGGUGGUUGUGGUCUCAGCAAAUCAAUAAGCACAGGUGUAAUGAUAGUGACAGCAGCUUGUGUUCUUAUCUUAGACACCUCCACAGGCUUAUCCCCUCCAAGGUCAUGGGGUAAAAUGACAGAUGAGACACUUUGAUUUUUGAAGAGUCAGGCGUCACUUUCCAGCUAGGCAGAAGAUGUCUUGGCUGGGACUAUCAGAGCUCAAACCUUUGGGAAGAGCAGUGGUUGGUGGGAAUUUGGGGUUUCCAUCCAGCUGCUGCGACCUCAUGUGGCACACUAUUUAAAGCCAUAAAUUUCGGGGCCAGGUGGUGGCACACCUGGUAGAGUGUACAUGUUAACAGUGCACAAGGACUCAGGUUCAAGCUCCUGGUCCCCAUCUGCAAGAGGUGACUCGCUUUCUACUCUCCUCUGAAUUUCUUUUUGUCUCUAUCCAAAAUCAAUAAAUAAAAGCCAUAACUUCCUAGCUAUAACCACAGACUGAACAAUUCUUAUAACAUGAAUAAUGGUGCCUUUCACUUUUUUGUUGUCAUUUGUUUAACUCAAGUCAGUAAAAUAAUCAUAUGCUGAAUGCAGUCACAUUUUGGAAACACUAUGAUUAUUUUUACCCUUGUCAGUUUACAUGUAACAUUUAACAAGAAGCAAACCCACACCAUACUACAGGAGAAUUACAGUGUUUGUCCCUAUAGAGACUCUUGUAAUAUGUUAGCUCCUUCUGAACACUGAAAAAAGAAAAAUCCUUGCUAUAAAUUGUUUCUCUAUAGGGCAAUGUGGGCAGUGGUGUUUUUUAUUUUUCUAUGUGAAAUGAGAAAUGCUCUGAAAAUUCUGGUUCUUAAUAAAUUAUAGUUUGGGCUUCUAUGGCCUUUGGGGAACCAGAGUCAACCUAUUGUUAGCCAUCUUUACACCAUGGUUUCUGCUAGGCAUUUCAUAUUCUUUGUUUGGCCUAGUCACAGAUGCUCAAGUAGAGAAGUUCUGGAGCCCGGUGGUGGCGCACCUGGUUGAGCGUACAUGUUACAGUGCUCAAGGACCCGGGUACGAGCCUCCAGUCCCCGCCUGAGGACAGCUUUGCGAGUGGUAAAGCAGGACUGCAGGUAUCUCUCUCUGUCUCUCUCCAUUCCUAUCACCCUCUUCCCCCUCAAUUUCUGGCUGUCUCUAUCCAAUAAAUAAAUAUAUUAAAAAGUUUUUAAAAGAUUUUUAAAA